AGGUCAAAGGUUAAAAUUUUGUUGUCUUUGUGUAAAGGAGUGGAGCUCGAUCUCGCGUCACUCUUCCCUCUUCCCCGAGUCCUUUUUAAACUCUCCCCCGGGUUUCUACCCUCCCAAACCUCCCCUUCUACCCUUACAACCCCAACCCUCCCCCCGGGCAUUUAGCAGCGCACGAAUAAGGUCCGUUUCAGAGACCAAAGACCUGAGUUUUCUAUUGACGGCUAUUGUAGCAGUUAUGGAUUCCGGCGUGAUUGAAGGCGGGCUCAAUGUCACCCUCACCAUUAGGCUGCUCAUGCAUGGCAAGGAAGUGGGAAGCAUUAUUGGAAAGAAAGGUGAAUCUGUGAAGAAGAUGAGAGAAGAGAGUGGUGCUCGCAUCAACAUCUCUGAGGGCAACUGUCCUGAGAGGAUUAUUACAUUGGCAGGUCCAACCACUGCCAUCUUUAAAGCAUUUUCCAUGAUCAUUGAAAAGUUGGAAGAGGAUAUAAGCAGCUCAAUGACAAACGGCACAGCUACCAGCAAGCCCCCAGUGACCCUACGCAUUGUGGUGCCUGCCAGCCAGUGUGGCUCCCUCAUUGGGAAAGGUGGCUGCAAGAUUAAAGAAAUUCGGGAGUCGACCGGUGCUCAGGUACAAGUGGCAGGAGACAUGCUCCCCAAUUCCACAGAGCGUGCCAUCACCAUUGCUGGCACUCCUCAGUCAAUAAUUGAGUGCGUAAAGCAGAUCUGUGUGGUCAUGCUUGAGUCUCCCCCUAAGGGGGUCACUAUCCCUUACAGACCCAAGCCUUCAGGAUCACCCGUCAUCUUUGCAGGUGGACAGGCUUAUGCUGUACAAGGACAGCACGCGAUUCCACAACCAGAUUCUUCCUCUGCUGCUAUUUCUCCACAGCUCACCAAGCUUCACCAGCUGGCUAUGCAGCAGAGCCCUUUCCCGAUUGCACCAGGCAACCAGGGAUUCACUGGAAUUGAUGCUUCUGCUCAAACCAGUUCUCAUGAGAUGACCAUUCCAAAUGAUCUUAUUGGAUGCAUCAUCGGCCGCCAGGGAGCCAAAAUCAAUGAGAUUAGGCAAAUGUCUGGUGCCCAGAUCAAGAUCGCAAAUCCAGUGGACGGCUCAACAGACCGCCAGGUUACGAUCACAGGCUUGCCUGCUAGCAUCAGUCUGGCAGAGUACCUCAUCAAUGCCAGGCUUUCCUCUGAGGCCACAGGACUGGCAGCCAACUGAUAGGACACUGCAUCUGCACUAAGUCACAUUUUAUAUCACCGGCUACCAUACAGCAGUCUAAUGCAACUAUUCAUCUUCAGAGUUUAUAUAUUGUAUAUCCUCGUUCUCAUUUGAAAAUAAUGUCAACUGCCACUGAUUGAAUCUGAGUUCUUUAUUUAUUUUCUUUUGUUUUGGUUUUAGUCAAAAGAAGCAGGAAAUUAGGUUUUAAAUUCUCGUUUGAGUCAUGUUGCAGAUUUUAAUGAUUUGAUGGUAGCCUUUUUUUGUUUUGUUUUGUUUCUCUUGCUCUAUUUUUUUUUUUAUUUUAAUUUUGCCGUGACAGAGAAGUAGAGUUGGAAAACCCAAUUGGGGCAUAUAGAUUUAGUUCUGUACAGCUCUUUUUUUUCUUUAAAAAGGAGAAGAAGAAAAAUAAAGAAUCAAAAAUUACGACUAGAGUGUUUUCUUUUGUUUAGAUUUUUUUCUUGUUCUUUUAUUUUGGCCCAUAUUUACUUGCUUUAAGAAUCAACGGCGUCCUCGCCCUGCGUCCCCUUCCCAACUGAAGUGCUUGUAACUUGGAUUAUUACACGUAUGUCACUGAUCAGGAAACGUAGCUGUAGUUUCACCGUCACUGAUCAGAUCUGGUUCUGACGACAAAUGUUCUAACGUUCAGAUUAAUUUAUUCAGAUAAAUUCAAAUGUGUACGACUACGCAUGUCACCUCUCUACAUGUCAUUCCGGUCUCCCCCCCUCCCCCCUUUCUGCUGGUCCUGAGAUCAUGUGUUGAUAUUUUGCUAGGAUGGGAGAUUUUGGGGAUUUUUCUGGACUCGGUUUAAGGGAUCAGAAGCAGAGGGUUGGCCUCGCUUUUUUGUAUAGAUUGAUAUAUACUUUAAAAAAAAAA